ACGCCCGCCAGGUGCGCCCUUGGGCCUCUUGUUGUCGUCGCAGCGCGCCCGUGUGGUGGGGGAACCGCGAAUUCUCAGCUGGCUCUUGUUUGUUUUGCCGCCGACGCCGGGAAAAAGAAAUUUACCUAAAAAAAUGGCUGAAAGACCUGAAGACCUCAACCUUCCACUGUCCGUCGUGACCCGCCUCGUCAAGGAAGCCCUUCCAGAUGGAGUGAAUUUGUCGAAGGAAGCUCGAGUGGCCCUAGCAAGGUCUGCGUCGGUCUUCGUCCUCUACCUCACCUCUUCAGCUAACAUGUUGGCCAACAAGGACAAGAGAAGUACCAUCAGAGGCCAGGACGUCUUCAAGGCUCUUGAUGAAACUGACUUUUCUCAUUUCGAAGAACCUUUGAAAGAAGCUCUGAAUGAAUUCCAGAAGACUGUGAAAGAUAAAAAGGUUGCGUCUGAGCAGAGAAAGCAGCAGAGGAAGAGUGACGCCAACAAAGAGGCAGCCGUCUCUAAAGAAUCAGAGCAAGCCGAUGAAGAAAUCAUCGACUUGGCAGAUGACGGUGAUAACUGAGUGGAAAACAUACCCAAAGAAGACUUGCAUGAUGAAGUGAAUGGUUAUAAUUAUUAAGUAUAGGUUAAGAUUAACCGUUUACUAAUAUUCUUAUCUCACUUCUAUAAAAUUUCAUCCAUAAUUAUUCAUUCCUUCCAUUGUUCGAACUGCUGGGCAGAAUACUUUGCAUUUAAUAAAAUUAUUAAUUUCAAUAAUUGGAACUUG